AUGUCCACUGCGCCACGUGCAGAUCUGCAGGAAGUUCUCAUGUGCGAGGAUGCCGUGGAGCGUCUUCGGAAAGUCCUCCUGAUCUUGAAGAAAGACUUGGAAUCGACGCGAUUGCAAAGUCAGUUUCGAAGUCAGAUUGAGGACAAGUUCGCAAAAGAGAAUAAGAAAUUCAUCCUGAUGCAGCAGCUCCGUUACAUCAAGCGCGAGCUGAACCUGGAGCGUGAUGACAAGCAGAGCAUCAUCGCGGCAUUCAAGGAGUCCAUCAAGAAGCUGGGCAACCUGGUGCCAAGCGAGGCAGCAAAGGCCAUGGACCAGGAAAUGAGCAAGCUGGGCAACUUAGAGCCUCAGAGUGCUGAGUUCAAUGUCUGCCGCAGCUAUUUGGAGUGGCUGACUGCCCUGCCCUGGGGAAAAUACAGCGAGGACAACACUGACAUCGACCGCGCGGAACAGAUCCUGAACGAGGAUCACUACAGUUUGGAGGAUGUGAAGGAACGUAUCCUUGAGCACAUGGCGGUUAGCUUCUUAAAAGGCUCCGUGCACGGAAAGAUCAUGUGUUUGGUGGGUCCUCCGGGUGUUGGAAAGACCUCCAUCGGCAAGAGCAUUGCGCGCGCCAUGGAUCGGCAGUUCUACCGCUUCUCGGUGGGCGGCUUGCACGACGUCUCGGAGAUUCGGGGCCAUCGCAGGACCUACGUGGGAGCAAUGCCUGGCAAGAUCAUCCAGGCCCUAAAGAUCAGGCAGGUUUCGAAUCCUGUGAUUCUGGUGGACGAGGUUGACAAGUUGGGCCGAGAUUUUCGUGGAGACCCUUCCUCCGCCCUGCUCGAAGUGCUGGAUCCCGAACAGAAUGCAGCCUUUAGAGAUCUCUACUUGGAUGUGCCUUUUGACUUGUCCAAGGUGCUCUUCAUUUGCACGGCCAACGUCACUGACACCAUCCCAGGAAUGGAAAUUAUUCGACUUGCAGGCUACGUCUAUGAGGAGAAACUGGCAAUUGCCAAUCAGUAUUUGAUCCCUCAGACGAUUGCCAACAACGGCGUGGCAAAGGACAUGCUGGAUCUGCACCCUGAGGCUUUGGCGGAGUUGAUUAGGAACUACGCUCGGGAGGCUGGUGUGCGAGAGUUGCGGAAACUGAUCGAGAAGAUUACCCGGAAAGUGGCCUUGAGCAUGGUCCGUGUGGAAGAGGACGCGCGGCAAAAGUCGCUGAUUUCCACGGAGAACCUGCGAAAGUUCGUGGGUCAACCACCUCAUUCCACUGACAGGCUCUUCCACGACGCGGUGCCCAGUGGUGUAGCCAUGGGCCUGGCCUGGACCGCCCUGGGCGGUAAAACCUUGGUUGUGGAGGCGCGAGGCCGUGUGCCGGCCAGCAACGAACGGAUGGCGGAUGCGGAUGUCUCACUCGAAGCUUCCCCGGUGCUUUCGGAGGGUGGUAACACGCCCUCGUCUUCCUCCCGCGCACCGGCACCGCGAACUGGUCCAGCGGGGCGGAUGAAGGUGACGGGAAAGCUCGGCAAGGUAAUGGGUGAGUCCAGCGAAAUUGCUCUGACCUACGCCAAGAUCUUCCUGCGUGAGCUCUCUCCCAAGAAUGACUUCCUGGACACGGCAUACAUCCACAUGAACAUGCCUGAGGGUGCCACACCCAAGGAUGGGCCAUCUGCUGGCGUGACCAUGACUUCGGCCCUGCUUAGUAUGGCCCUUGAUCGCCCCGUGAAGCGAGAUCUGGCCAUGAGUGGCGAGGUGACGCUGACGGGCAAGGUCUUGCGUGUCGGUGGCAUCAAAGAGAAGACUCUGGCAGCCAAGCGAGAAAAUGUGGAGAAUUUGGUGCUGCCGAUGUCCAACCAGGCAGACUACUUGGAGCUAAAGCCUUACCUUCGAGCAGGCUUGGGCCUUUGGUUGGGGGCAUCAUCGCUGAUGAGCUCGUACUAUGGUGGUGGAUGGGCUGUCUACGAAGUGGAAGUGGACGAGGCCUUGGAGCAGGAAGUGCCGCAGGAGACUAGCCAUGCUUGGUCUCAUAGUGCGGCAACUUGGAGAAGCCCAUCGAGUGAUCCGUGGGUACGAGCUGGAGGACGAGAUCGAGGUCAUCAAGCUGAGGUUUUUGAAAUGGCGUCCAACGCCUCUUCGAGUGACUCAUGGUGGCAGGGCCAAACGUGGUCGAGCGACUCUUGGGGUGGAUCCUCAGGAGAGGGCCGGGCGAAUUGGGUCUAUGUGAGUCACUCUGGGAACAGAGGUUGGGGGUCUUCAGAUCCUUGGCAUUGGUGGCAUCGAGAUGAUGAUCGAGGUGACCGUGGAGUUCCUCAGGGAGACCGUGAAGGUGGUGCGGAUCUUAGAGAAAGAGACGCUGCAGACCAUCCCCAUUCUGUAGAAUCUGAUGGCGAUGAUCACGGAAAAGGGGACCUACCUUCUGGACGGGUCAUGUGUGUCCAUGAGAAACAGGACAAGGAAGAAGAGAAACGCUCCAUGGGGAAACUCUCCAGCAGCUAUCCCCCUGUCUUCAAGGCCAAACAAGGGGAAAGCUAUCGUGACUGGAAAAGAGCUGUCAAGUUUUGGUUGCGUGGCGAAGGACAUCAACUUCCUCAUCACCUUGUCGGACCUCGAGUGAUGGUUCAGUUGAGAGAUCGUGCAGCUCAGCUGGUGAAGCACCUGGAGCCUGAGGACGUGGAUGGCAAGAAUGGUCUGGAACUCAUUUUUCAGACUUUAGAGCAGAGUCCCUUGGUGCGCCAGAGUGAAAAGCAUCGGGUGGAUUGGCAUAGGAAGAGAUUGUUGAACCUGAAUAGGUUGCCUGGUGAAAGUUUGGAGAGUUAUAUCACCAGAGCCGGCUUGUAUCGCAGUCAACUUGAAGGAUUGGAUCAGUCUUUGAGCGUGGGAGAAAGGUUUUUUGUGGGUCAUUUGUUGGAUCACGCCAAGUUGACCCGAAGAGACAAGGCCAUGAUCAAGACUCAUGCAGGUGCUGAGACCGAGACAUCUAUCACAGGUGCGAUGAUGGAGCUGGCCGGCGAGCUUGAAGGAGAAGCAGGCUAUCCAAUUGGACAAGCUGAAGGGCAACUUGGUGGAACUCAAGGUGAAGAACAUUUGGUUCAGCGCAACUUUUUGGGCAUGAGGUUCAACAAAAAGGACAAGCAGAUCCUAGCAGCAGAGCUUCAGGAAGAUGAUGAGGCGUCGAUCUCCCUUGAAGGGAUUCCUGAAGAAGGUCCAGGUGAUGAGAGCUUGGACGACAUGGAAAACAUGCCCAAUGACAUCCUUCAUGCAGAGCACGAGGCACUGGCUUUGCAGUACAAGGCGCGACAAAAGAUGGCUGAGGUGCGCAAGAUUCGGAAUUUCUACGAAAGGGAUGGAGAGUCCAAGAAGUCUCGCACCGGCAAGUGCUUUGUGUGCGACGAGCCUGGGCAUUUUGCCAAGGACUGCCCGAAGGUCAAAUUGGCCAUGGAGAAGGGCAACCAGGUUUUGGUGACUUCGACUCCGUCCAAGGGAAAGCCUUUAGACGAAGAGGACGAAUGGUCACUUUUAGCUUCCUUGUGCAAGGACACCAUCCAGUCGGCAGCUUCCGAGCGUGCGGCAUAUAUGGUGUUGGGUCCGACGGGUCAAGGGGAGACAUCACCCAAUCAAUCAUCACAGGGUCAUCACACCAACAAUUUGCCUUUUGAAACAUGGUGGAGCAUGAAAGAGUUGGCUCGGAAAGUUAUUUUGGAUCUGGGUUGCAUGAGGAAUGUGGUUGGAGUUGAGUGGGCAAACGAUGUCAUUUUGGAGUGGAAGAGACAUGGUCGUUGGUUGAAGGUUUUGCCAGAGGUUGGAACAUGGAAAGUCAUGCAGAAGUUGCGAUGUUUGAUGAACUUUGUGAACGUGAAGCUUUUGGCUCAUCAGUGGAUCAAACCCGGAUCAACGACCAUUUGGCGUCGGAUGUCCUCGGUGCCGCUGGGCAAUCCAGCCCUGUGCCGACUAUGUGGCAACAUGGGUCACCGGACGUCUCAAUGUCCGGAGAUGUCAGACCCCGAGGAAGCGAGCUCUGUUUGGGAAGUGACGGCAUUGACGGAGGAGAACCUCAAGCAGAAGCAGAUGGAGGAGAGCAUUCACCUGGAGGCCGGACGAGAAAAGGGCAGAAAAGAGCCGCCUCGCCGGAUGGAGGUGGACGGGACAGAGACCGAGAAGCACGUGAAGGGCAAAGGAAAAGGGCCACAGAGCCGUGCAGCAGCAGCCAUGGCCCCACCUCCGAAGGCGAUCUCGCCUCCAAAGCCAGCGCCGCGCCAAGCAGCGAGGGGAUCCCUGGAAGACUUGCCCCCGGUGGAGUUGGAGGACAUCCCAAUCGAGGAGAUCAAGGGCCUGACGAUGGAGGAGCUCCAGAUGAUUUACAAGCGUCGUCAGAAGGGAGCAGCGGCGAUGAAGAAGAAAGCGGAGACAGCCGCGCUGACUGGAUGGGGGGCCAAGUAUCCCUCGCUGAGCAACGUCUGGAGCGACGACUUGGCAUUCAACAUCAUGGCCAGCAUGAGGAGCAGGAUGCGCACCUAUCUGUGGAAGAAGUUGGUGUGGCAGCUUCGAGUGCGAGAAGCGGUGAGGGAGGAAUCCAAGGGCAAGGCCAAGUGGAAGAGGAAUGUCAAGUGGCUCAACUAUCUCCUGAGCUACGAGGUGGCGUCGCUGUGGGGACACUUCGGGGCGAUGAGACAACGCCUGAGGAGCAGCGAUUUUGUGGGGCCGAGGUAUGGGGACGAGCCAAUCCCCAACGAGGACAAGUACACGGUGAUGGAGAUCUUUGCGGGCCACGGCAUCUUGACGGAGGUGGCUACUUUGAGAGCUGGGUGGUCUGCAUUGGCGCCGGUGGACUUGAUCUACGGGCAAGACCUGAGGAAUGCUCACACUAGAGCUCAAGUGAUGGACGAGAUCAGGACGAAGAAGCUUGACUUGGUGACCUUGAGCCCGAGAUGCGGUCCAUGGAGCCAAUUCCAAAGACUGAAUCCCAAUUUGGAUCAGAUCAUGAUGGACCGGCAAGUGGACAUUCCAUUGUGGAGGUUCGUGCGAGAAGUGUGGGACGAACAAACCAAAAAUGGCAGGUUGGUGAUGACCGAAAAUCCGUGGCAGUCAGAAGCUUUGCACCUGGACUUCAUGGAGGCGCGCCCACAACUGCAUCGUGCCAAGGUUCCUCAGCGUGCCUUCGGGUUGAGAGACGUAAUCAAUGAGAAGCCCCACCGCCUUGGACAAUGGCCUGUGGAACUUUGUGAGCACAUCUUGGAGGCGGCAGAGUAUGCAUGGGAGAAAUGCGAAGAAGAGGCACCUCGCAAAUUGGCUGAAAGCCGACCUCCGGCGGCAUUGCAUUAUGCUUUGCCGGUGGAACCUCUGCCAACGCCAGAGGGCGAACUUCGAAGGCAAUUGGAAAAGGCCGAGUGGAGGGGAGGUCAAUAUGACUACGUGUUCUUCGAGGGCAACUCCAGACAAGGACCUUACAAGGUGAGACAAGCACUUGCCCAUUUGCAUGUGGUGUUGGGCCAUCCAUCGGCUGACAGACUGAAGAGGAUGCUGCAGAUCAGUGGCUGCAGUCAAUUGGUGCUGAAGACCGCCGAGGGCCUCAAAUGUCAGAUCUGCCAGGCGGUGAGACCUCCAGGCGCUGAACCCAAGGUGUCAGGACAAAGACCGACGAGGUUUGGUGAGAAGGUGCUGUCGGAUAGCUUCUACGUCUGGGACAUGGACAAUGAGCGCUUCAGUGUGACUCACCUUUUGGAUGGCCUCACGGAGUACCACGUGGGCAUUGUGAGCAAACAACCCAAUGCCAGCACCACAGCAGAGCUCUUGCAGAAUCGGUGGUGUGCUAUCUUUGGUCCACCGGAGAUCUUCCAGACGGAUGGCGGCAAGGAGUACGAGGAUGUGGUGCAGAAGAUUGGCCGCAUUUUGGACUUCCGCCAUGAAGUGGUUCCAGCUGGAGCCAAAUGGCGACAAGGACAAGUGGAACGUCAUGGAGCUGUGGUGAAAUUGAUGAUGAUGAGAACCAUUGCGGCACAGCAAGUGCGUGGCUUGGAGGAUUUCAAGAUGGUGGCAGCAGCUUGCUUUGGGGCGAAGAACCGCCUGUGCAAUCAGAUGGGCAUGUCGCCUUUGCAGGCGGUGACAGGUCGCGAUGUGGCGGUGCCAACAUCACUGAUGAACCAACUUUGUGGAGGGCAACUCAAAUUGGCAAUGAAUGCCAGCUUGGACCAGAAGGAGGCGCCGAGAAAAGCCGAGAGAAUCCGUGCAGCGGCAGUGGACUCCUUCAAUUGGAUUGAUUCCAAUGAGGUGAUCAGAAAAGGGCUGCAUUCAAGAUCGCGCCCUCCCAAGUUGGAGAUGAUCAACGAAGGCACCACGGUGUACGUACACCAGCCUCCUCCUCAUCGGCGUGGACAACCCCGUCGACUUCAGGAUCAUGUGAGUUGGGAUGGACCUGGCUUGGUGGUCUGCGUGGAGAGGCAGCAGAAUGUCCCCAACAGGAUUUGGGCGCGUAUCCGUGGAAAGGUGAGAAGCUUUCCACUGGAGAAGGUGAGGUUGGCAACCCCUGACAAGAUGCUGGGCUCCAGCUUCAUUGUGGGCCUCCUGGAUCAAAUGGCGGAUGAAAUCCGCAUGGGAAAAUUGCGAGUGGAAGAGCAAAAGGCGUUGCCGGCGGGUGCACCAGCCCGUGCCCGCGGUCAUGCGAGAAUUGUGGAGGAAGAAGAAGACUCUGAUGCAGACAUGCAGCAGCGACUGGACAGGGCUGCCCCAGAGAUGCAGGAUGAAGCUCGAGCCCGACAAGUGCGACGGUUGGAGCUGCUGAAUGAUGUUCCGGAGCAACUGAGGAGCUCUUUGUCUUCGGCUUCUAGCGGGCCUGCUUUGGUGCGACCACUCCAAGCUGAAGAGAGAAAUGGGAUGCUGAUGGAGGAUGAGGACGAUUUGAUGGAGGAAUCAGCACAGCCUCCAAUGGAACCCAGCCGGUUGCGAUUUGAGGCAAAGAAGAAGAUGUUUGAAGAACUCAGCAAAACCAAAACAAGGCCAUCGAGGCUUACCGAAGCAGAGCUGAGAAGCACAGCGUCGAGGGCAUCGCAGAAUGUGAAGCAGAUCCGGAAGAUUAUCCAGAAGUCCCGCCAGACCCCAGCACUGCAACGAGCCCGACGUGAACGGAUCGAGAGGCAGGAAGCAGAAAGUGUGGCCUUUUGGAAUGAAGCAUGUGCGGAUGCGUGUGAGAAAGGAGUCUUUGAAGUGAGCUGGCAGGAGGCUUGCGAAGAAUGGGCACAGGAUGAAGCCUUCUGGAAGCAGCCUGAGCCAUGUCUAUGGGCGCAGACGGAAGUGGAGGAAAAGAUCAAGGAGCAACAACGUGAUCAUCAUCAUGCCGUGGCGGGGGCCAAUGUCAUUGACAAGGAGAAGAUCGACGCCGCGGCAGAGGGCGAUAAGGUGAUCACUGGAAAGGCCCGUCUUGAGUAUCAAUGGGGUCAGCUCUCUCAAGAAUGGAAAGAUGCUUUUCAGGAACCCCUGAUCAAAGCGGUGAAGAUCUAUUUUGAUCAUGAUGCCUUGGAGGGAGUGCCAGCCGACAAGGUCAUUGAUCCAAAGAGGGUGCUCACGAGCAGAUUCGUCCUGACCAACAAGGGUUGUUCUACCUUGGAAGAAGCCAUCCUCAAGGGUAGGCUGGUGCUUGGAGGACAUCGUGACCCAGAUGCCGGCAAGUUCCCGACCUUGGCACCGACAGCGGCCGCUUUGGCCCACAACCUGAUCAAUUUCAUCAGUGUGCAGAUGGGAUGGGUGGUCCACUAUGAAGAUGUGUCAAGUGCCUUCCUCCAAGGGAAACAUCUUCCCCCUGAAAGGGAGGUGUAUGUCCGCAUCCCUAAGGGCUACCCAGACUACAUUGAGAAGUUCAUCGGCCAGAAGCUGGGAUUGGGCAUGAGAAGGGAUCUCAUGAAGCUGACCAAGGGUGGUUUCGGUCUCCCGGAAAGUCCAAGACUGUGGUACCUUGAAUACAAGGAAACCAUCUGCCACUGUGGCAUGCGAGAAUUGCAUCUGCUGCCUGGAGUCUUUGUGGCUCAUCAUCCAGACGGGACACUCAGAGCAUUGGCCUGUAUCCAUGUGGAUGAUACAAGGUACUGUGGAGACCACACCAGUGAAGAGAUCUGGCGCAAGGUCCACCAGUGUCUCAACUUUGGAGAUGUGCGAAAAUCGACAGAUGGUUGGGUGAAGUUUUGCGGACGAUGGGAGAGGCAAGAUCCCAACACCAUGGAGUUUGAGUACAGCAUGGACGAAUAUGCCAAGGGUUUGCAGAAGCUCACAACCCUGAGCACCUACAAGCUGGACCCCAAGGAGGUGAUUGACGAUGAGAACAAGCUGCUCAAGGGGGAGAUUGACGUGGAGGAAUGCACGCACGGCAGCCAGAAGAAGAUGGAGAAACCAAAGGGCAUCACUUCAGAAGCCCGACUGGCAAUGUCUUCAGUGUUGGGUCAACUGAAUUGGAUGGCUCGACAAGGUCGCUAUGACAUUGCCUAUGGGGUCUCCCAUGUGCAGCAACUCAUGGGCACGUGA